AUGAGUCCGAAUGUGCUUCCUAAUAUACCAGCCACUCCAAGCGAGGUGUCAAGCGCCACUCUCCAUUUUGAUCCCGGGAUUGAAUUGGGGAUUCGGGCCGAGAAGCCAUUGAUCUCCGAGACUAGCACUCCCUUAAAAAGGCCAACGCUGUCUCCUCAUGCCGGCAGUAAACAUUCCAUGGAUCAAGGGCUGAAACAACUCGCUAGGGAGCUUAAAUACCGGGAGUUCUUCAAGCGCAGCCCCAAAAGCCCUAACAAAGGCUUCUCUAGAUUUUUUCUUUCACAGGAGUUAAGUCCUUAUGAUAAGAAUUCGGAUGAUUCAAGCAUAGCCGACGAUACAUCUGCCAGCAUAGACGAAGAUGUCGAGCAUAAUUUCAAGGAAAAACCAAAGAAGCAUGGUCUGGCCUCUUCUUAUGCCCGCAAGACGACACAUGAACAUGCAAAUUUCAUCCUUUCUUUCAGUAAAGAUGGGAAAUACAUGGCAUCAGGAGGUGAUGAUGGUGUGGUACGAGUUUGGAAAGUUAUCAGUUCGAGUUUGGACAGAGAGAUUCCUGACAUUGCUCGAAGCAAGAGCUUUAAUGGUCGCCAUCUGAAUCUUCCCUUUGAAGAGUCGGAUUCCAUAUCAAUUGGACCUUCGUCUACAAUCAACGAUUCAGUAGAGUCGUUUGAAAAUACAGAAAGCGGUUCUAAUUGGUGCAAUUCAUGUCCUGGGAAAAAAUCAAAGAAGGACAAGCAGGGUAGCACUCCAUUUGCGCCACUUUUUAAGGAUCGGCCGGUCCGUGAGUUUCAUCAUGAUGAUACUGUUUUGAGCAUUGACUGGUCCGAAAAUGGUUUCAUUAUUUCCUGCUCUCAAGAUAGCACUAUCAAGCUCUGGCAUGUUGACAGGAAUGAUUGUCUGGCGGCUUUCAAAUUGAAAAACUUUGCAACUCAAGUCCUUUUCCAUAAAAAGGACGAUCGCUUUUUCUUUAGUUGUCAGUGGGAUGGCUCUGUAAAGCUAUGGUCCAUUCUUGAAAAGGACGUUGUGCUGAAAACGAACGUCCGAAUGAGAAUCACGUGCAUGGAGUUUUCACCUAACGCUGAUGAGCUGUUCCUAGGAGGAGAAGCUGGGGGCUUUGUCAUACUGUCGGUUAAAGAUCUUGAGGUGAUUGACAAGUUUCAAAUCAAGCGCAACAACGUGGCGCCCAGAGUAACAGGAAUAGAUGCUUUCAAAACCAAGGACGAUAUCAAACUGGUUGUUACAACCAACGACUCACGGGUGAGGCUCUUCAGUUACAGAGAGAAAAUCUUGAAUGUUAGAUACAAAGGGUACGACAAUGAGCACUCUACGAUUCGGGCAUCUGUCAAUGAAAACCAUUCAUUCAUCAUAUCUGGCUCGGAAGACGGUUGGGCUUAUCUAUGGGCGUUGGAUCUCAAUGCCCUAAAGUCACCAGAGACGAUGAAGGGCGGUCAUAAGCUUACGUGGGAUCUCACAUCCUUAUUUAAGGACGAAAACUGUCGACAUAAAAACAAGAAUUACGGCGCAUUUCAUGUUCACCAUUCACGUUGUAACGUUGCCAUAUUCGCUCCCAGGGCAACGUUGAAGUUGCUUGAACUCUCAAAUGAUCCCAUUUUCGAUCUGAAAGCCAGAAUGAGUUUGGAGGCGACUGUGAAAAGGGGAGAUGAUGAUUUGGACGAUCCUUCGACCUCUAUUAUCGUUACGACUGAUGAUGAUGGAAUUAUUAGAGUCUUUCGCAGAGAUUUCGCUUAUCAUGAGCGUAAAGCGUUCCGGGCAAAUCUCAAAAAGCUUGGAGGCAAACAUGACCGCAAGUCUUUAUCCAAAGUUCGCAAUAGAUCACGAUCAUCUAGUUUCAUGAACAAGAGCAGUUCUUUGAAUAGAAGCACAAUGAAUGGCGGAGAUGAAAAUGAUCGAGGAAGGCAAGAUUUUGGGCAAUCCGAAUUUCUGGCAACCAGAGCGGCUCUGAACUCUCCGAACAGGGAUAGAUCUCUGUUCACAUCUACAGAUGAGAUUGCAAAAAUGCCAAAUCCAGAGGCAGCUUCAGAUGCAACUCUGUCCGAUUCCAAAGUGAGGUCCAUUGAUGUGAAGCUUCAAGAAAUUUUGGCUUCUUCUAGACUGGAGAACAGACAUGUGCCAAUUAUCUCAACCACAGACGAAAACGAUAGCUCGCUCAGAAAUAACCAUCCAGUGACUAAUGCCGUAUCAAUGCAUGAUAGAGAAACGUCUCAGGAGACAAUAAACGGGGAUCAAGAACAGGAAACGUCAGAUUCCAUUGUAACUUCGGAAUCGGUGAAGUCAAGAGUCCAAUGUGACAAUUGUGGCUCCGAGAAGUUCACAGCUAGGUCCCAUGGGGAUGCGCACAGCAAUAUUUUCUUUUUCUGUGACGAUUGUGGUCAGAAGGUUGAUUUGUAA